CGGCCAUCGUUGCUGCAUCAUCGACACUGACAGUGACAGCAAUUCUCAACGUUUCUCGUACUCUCAUCCUCCAGCAUACUCUGCCAUGGCUCUUGACGACUAUGAAGCAGACGCAACUGAACUACUUGAAACAUACGACUUCCUGAUGAAAUAUAUCAUCAUUGGUCAUUCUCGUCCCACUUGUCUGUCUAGAAUUUUCCUUAUGUCUCUCUAGGCGAAGCAGGGACCGGAAAGUCCUGUUUACUACAUCACUUUUCCCACAAUACAUGUUUGUUCUCAAUUUCUCAAUGAUACUCGUCUAUGUUUAUUCUUGUGAUAGUCAAGGACCACUCGCAACACACAAUAGGCGUCGAGUUCUCAAGCCGUACCAUCAAGCUGGGGGAAAAACGGAUUAAGUUGCAACUCUGGGAUACUGCUGGUCAAGAACGUUUUCGUUCCGUUACUCGAAGCUAUUACCGCGGUGCUGCAGGUGCAAUCUUAGUAUACGACAUCACGAACCGAGAUUCUUUCAUCAACUUGUCUCGAUGGCUUGCUGACGCACGUGCCCUUGGAAGCCCUCACCUCGUAACUGUUCUGGUGGGAAACAAGCUGGAUCGUGAAGAGGAACGUCAAGUGGAAUGGGCCGAAGCUAGUAAAUGGGCGGCUGAGAAUGACGUACAUUUUCUUGAAGCGUCUUCUCUCACAGGAGACAAUGUUGAAGCUCCAUUCAUGCUAGCUGCACGCUCCAUUUUACUUUCCAUAGAGUCCGGGAUACUUGAUCCUGAAAAGGCUGGUAGUGGCGUCAGUUAUGGGGACCGGGCGUUGCGAAGGGUCAACAGUUCCAGCAGAUUAAGCUUUGGCAGCCUCAGCGGUGGGCGAAGGAGGUCUGUGAAAUUGAAUAAGAUGAAAAAUUGGAUACCAGGCUCUCGUUGCUGUUAA